AUGACCUCGCCAAAAAGUACUCAAAAAAUAACUGACAAACUUGAACAAGUGAAUGAACUUCUCGAACACAUAGAUGCUAAAAUUCAUUUCAAGCCACUGAGUGAUAAAUGUAAAAUACAUGCUUUCUCAUUUGAAUUUGCGGAAAAUUUAGAUUCCAAUCCAACUUCUAUAAUUCGUGACAAUGCUACUCAACAUGGAUUUACUUCAGCAAUCAUUCAUGCUUAUACCCUUCACCAACAUCUUCGAUUCUCACCAGAUGAUGUAUGGCUAACGGUUGCACAAGGUGUUGGCAAGCAUAUUUUGAUUAAUGCAGAACGUUUUCGUAACAUAUUCUUUGAUCAUGAAGGUCAGAAAGGUGUUACUGUAGAAGCCAGAGAUAUUAUAAAACCCGUUAACAAAAGUUUUAAGGAUGACUGGCUACAAGCGGUUGCUCGACUUUCCGAUGAUAUAGACAAGCGAGUCAAAAAAGUUGAUUUAAAAAAACAUCUUGAAUGUAAUUUUUCUACCUCAACGAAUGCAUCUAUUACUGCUAGCAAAAUUAUCUUAUUAGAAGCAAUGAAAAAGGGCUUCAGUUACGAAUUACGUGGUGGUUGUGGUAUUCCAAAGGUCACACUUGAUGGCACCUUGGAAGAUUGGUUAAAACUUCAAGAAAAGGUUGCAAAAAUCCGUGAUUUCGGAUUAGGACUUGAUUUCUGGUUGGAUAGGUUAAAACCAGUUAUCGCUCAAUUUGUCUCUACUUAUAAAGGAGAUGUUGACGAAAAAUUUUGGAGCAUGGCUGUUUUCGAAGUUCCUUACAAUUCUUACGAGGCGACUCCUUGUUGGGAUGGAUGGAUAAGUGCUUUUUUUCCUCACAACAAGUCAGGAUCUGAAAUUAAGAAAAAUCAAAUUAUUCCUAAUGAAAUACCUUCUGGAUUAGUAUAUGUUCCAUUCGAUUUGAUUGUCGUCCAGGGAGAUAUUUUUAAAUUAAAUUUUGCUGCAGGUUUUUUUGGUGCUAGGCAAGAAAAGGUUAACGAAGAAUAUAUUGUUUCACCUGUUAUUGGUUGGUACAUUGUUGACAAAAUCGAUGAAGUCAUGGAUGCUAAAUAA